GCUCUGGUGGCUUGGGGGAAGCCUGCAAACUUCACCAGGUAAACAGCUUGAGAACUUCAGAAUCCUGUGGCUGUAAUACCCCCAAAGAUACCUGUUGUUUAACAAAGUUGCCCAGGUGAUCUUUCUUUAUUUUGGUGAAGUGUAGAAGAUCAGCUGCAGGUAUGUCUACUCCACAUGAAAUGGAAAAUCCACCAGUAGUUUUUGACAAUGGUUCAGGACUCUGCAAAGCAGGACUGUCUGGUUAUAUUGGACCCAGCCAUGUCAUCAACUCUGUUGUGGGUCACCCUAAAUUCACUAUACCUUCAGCAAGGGCCAAUCGGAAAAAAUACUUUGUAGGAGAGGAAGCCCAGUACAAGUAUGAUGCCUUGUAUUUGCACUACCCUGUUGAACGUGGGAUGGUAACAAGAUGGGAUGACAUGGAAAAACUCUGGAAACAUCUUUUUGAGUGGGAGCUGGGAGUUAAACCUAGUGAACAGCCAGUUCUGAUGACUGAACCCUCCUUGAACCCAAGAGAGACCCGAGAGAAGACUGCUGAAAUCAUGUUUGAGAAAUUUAAUGUGCCUGCAUUCUACCUGUGCAACCAUGCAGUGGCAGCACUCUAUGCUUGUGCCUCUGUCACUGGCUUGGUGGUGGACAGUGGAGAUGGGGUCACUUGUACCGUCCCUGUCUUUGAGGGUUACUCCCUGCCUCAUGCAAUCACCAAGCUUUAUGUGGCAGGGAGGGACAUCACAGAACACCUCAUUAGACUCCUCCUAGCCAGAGGAUGUAUCUAUCCAUGCAUCCUCAACAAGGCUGUGGUGGAUGAAAUCAAAGAGAAACUGUGCUAUGUCUCCUUGCAGCCAGAGAAAGAACCAUGCAAGAGGCAGCAGGAAGUUGUGACAGAGUACAGACUGCCAGAUGGGAAUGUAAUUAACAUUGGGGAACAUCUAUGCCAGGUGCCUGAGGUGCUGUUUUCUCCAGAUCAGCUCGGCAUCCAGGACCCAGGGCUCUCAAAAAUGGUCUGCAGCAGCAUCAUGAAGUGUGACAUGGAUAUCCAGAAGAGCCUUUUUGCCGAUGUUGUACUCUCUGGGGGUUCCACACUUUUCCCUGGGCUGGAAGAAAGGCUGAUGGAAGAACUGGAGCAACUAGCUCCAGGAGGAACACCAAUCAAGAUCACGGCUUCUCCUGAUAGAUGUUUCUCGGCAUGGAUUGGCGCAUCUAUCAUGGGCUCUAUGAGCAGUUUCAGGCAGCUAUGGGUGACCUCUGCAGAAUUCAAGGAGUUUGGGAAAUUUGUAGUAGAGAGAAAGUGCUUCUAA